AUGCAUCGGCUCUCUCGAAGGGGAUCACAAGAGUGACGCAAUAUUCUCGUGUGAGUCGUAUGCAUGAUGACGAGGCGGACGAAGAGGAACAUUGAGGAGAGGAGAGACCGGACGAAGAAGACGAAGAAGAAGCGGUGUCGGCAGUCGGGGAAGCAAAAUCUGGCAGAAACAUACGAACCUCCAUCGCGACCGCAUCGUCGACGCGUAUCCUACCCCCUCGCACGCGCGCACGAAAAUACGACACGUCCGUUGAGAGAGCUCGAGCGCGAGAGCCUAACUCCUCGACGAAUUAGUCAAGCAUCCGAAAAACUUCGAGAGUAGACCAGGCGAGCCGAAUAGCUACAACCAUGGUUUACGAGAGCGACUUCUAUACGACUCGGCGACCCUACUCGCGGCCGCUCGUCUCUUCCUACAGCGUUACGGAUCGACCCAUCAUCAUACCGCUGUCCAACAUCAUUCAGUGGAGGAGUGUUCCUUACAUGCCAUACGUGGCACACAAGAGGCUCGUCACCAUAGUCCAUUCACCGGUCCAUCACGUGUAUUAUGCCGGCGCGAUGGUACCGAUAAGGGUGCGGGCACACGUGCGGCCUAGCAUCCUCGCAGCCGAGCUCAACAGGAUACGUGACCUACCAAGACCGUCCACCAAAUCCUACAUCGAAGAGUAUUUAAACUCUCGAGACAACAUAUUUUUUGACGAUGAGGCGAGGGAGAUUCGCGCGAGAGUGGAUUCCCUUCUUCGACGGGUACAUGUAUUUGUGCCAAGGGCGAUAGCAAGCGACUUUGCCGAAGAGAUCAUCCCAGAACGUAUGCGCAGCCACGACUAUGUUCGCCGGCUGCUCGCCGGCCGCAACAACGCGAAGAAGCAAGUAGAACAUCUGAACUGGUACGAGAUACCUGACCGAGGCGCCUUCGGCACCACGGCGUGCAUCAAAUACGUCGCUGGCAAGCCACAAUCUAUCAGAAAGCCGUAUGUCAAGGUCGCGGACCUACGACCGUCCGACAUCCGUAACGACGUCAACUUCCUCAGCUAUUAUAGCAAGAAUCGUCAGGCGGCCGCGACUGCCUGCAAAGGUUGGAGAGAGAAGGUGCCGGAGCUGUAUGAGAAGACGAGCAAAAAGAGCGAAGACGAGGAAGAGACGGUGGCCGCUACCGAAGAUUCCAUAUCUUAUUUAUCAAAAGAACCGAUAAAAGCAGCCGAGCCCGUAUUGGAAUUUGCAAAAGAACCGGAACCGGUGGUAGAACCGCAAACGGAAUCAGUCGUAGAGCAGACGUCUGUGAAACCGUCGAAACCGGUGAAAGGUUCGAAAUCUGCAAAACCGACAACAAAAUCCGCGAAAGCGGCGGAGCCUAAACCAGAACCUACGCCGGAAGUAAAACCAGUAAAACCACCAGAACCAGUAAAAGAACCCGAGCCUGUACAGGAAUCAGCAAAAGAACCAGAGCCCAAGCCUGCACAGGAAUCAGCAAAAGAACCCGAAAUUGUAGCAGAACCGGCGGAACCAAUCGCGGAGAAUGCGCCGAUCGUCAGAAUUUUACAACUCUAUAUAAAAAAGGAGAAAGAAGAUGCCAUAAGGAGAGCCGAAGAGUACCUUGCUAAAGUAGCUCGGGAAGCGCAGUCGGAAGAGGAGAGGCGGAAAGCUGCAGAGGAGGAACGCCUGCAGCUCGAAAUGGAAGAGAGGAAAGCGUGGGAGGCACUGCAGCUUGCACAAGAACGGAAAGCCGAGCUUGGCGAGAUACUGGAGACCGAACGGCAGGAAGUCGAGAGGAAGGCGGAAGAGGCGAAGCUACAAGCAGAACGCGAGGAAACGGAGAGAAUAGAAGAGGGAGAGAGAUUAAUUAACCAGGAGAAGCUCGCAGCACUCAUACAAGAGCAAGAACGGCUGAUAGUCGAGGAACAUCUCGAAGAAAUUCAGAAGCAGAAACAGGAGCAGGAAGAGACGGAUACCGCGCAGCUUCCAGUUAGCGAGCUUAACGAUAUCAGCGGCGCCGAAGAUCCAGUGGACCUUGACGAGAUAACUAAUCAGGAAAAAGAGGAAAAGCCCUGCGAUGUUACCACAGAUGACGAAACACGGAUUGAGGAAGAGAACGUUCCCGAAGAAGAACACUUGGAGAUAACCGAAAGUCCGUUCAUCGAGGAACCAGAAGGGGCUGAAAGCAAGUCGCAAACGGGGCCGAUGGCGGUCGAAGAUGAACCGCAAAUCGAAGAGGUCACUUCCGGCGAGGAAUUCGAAUGGGGUGAUCAGGACGCGUAAUUGAAGUCCGGCCGGUUCGGACUCGCAAUGUCGAUGGACCAUGUUCCUUUAUCGUCAUCAUUAAUGCUAGGAUUUCCUAAGCGCCUUCCUCUAUCGUUUUCGCAAACAUCAUUUAAACCGUCAUCAUCGUAGAUGUCCGAUCGGUGACGUAAUGAAGAAACCUUAAUUAAAUUUUUUGUAAUAUCUAAUCUGAUCUCUUUUAUUUUUAUUUUUUCAUUAUUCAUUAAAUAUUUAUUUCACGUUCCAUUAAUACACAUUUCGUUGUGAAUUUUAUUUCGCGUUGCGUUACGUUAAUCACAUUAAAGUAUAAUUCGCGUGGAUCGAUAUCCGAGUCUAAAACUAUAAAAAUUCCAACGAUUAUUUUCAACUAAUUUCAGAAGGGCCGAUUGGAGACUCGUUUGUGGUCUCGUGUCAUCUGCGCGAAUUUAUUUCAUUACUGACCAUAUACCUUCCAUAUUAUCUCGUAUCGGAGAACGGCAACCCGUAGAUCGAGUCUGACAUGAGUAUCGAUUUCCGUUGGUCUGCCGGUAGUGGGGUGAUGAUGAUUUGUUUAUAGUCUCGGAUAGUAUUCGGGUAGAAAUAUCGCGACGAAUUUUAGCCGUUCAUUCGAGCAGUCGAGCUGGCUUCGUCGUCGUCGUCUAUUUUUACAGUAACAGCUUCCAGCUCCAACCAUGAAAUUGAUUUGACUGCGAUUGUCCGAGCAAUCGAUUCAGAAGGACGAGGAUUCCGGAAAUAAUCGAGCGAGCACGUUGAUAAUUAACGUCCAUCUCGUGACUCCUCGUUGCUCAGAUAUGACAGCCCUCACUUUAUCUCUAGUGUAUUAUAUUUAUUAUAAAAAAUAAUAUUUAUUAUAAAAGAGAGUGUGUGAUAAUAAUGCAAGUAAUCAAUAUGGAGUUCGCCCUGAUUUAACACACAUAGAACUGGAGAAGUUUAUCUUUUCCGCUAAAAGCGUUGUGAAGAAAAAAUUGCGAAUUACAGAAUGUGUGUAAUGGUUAUGUGAAAUUAAUUUUUUAAUUAACAAAAUCAGGCAUAAACUUAACGUAUUAUAAAAUUUCCAUAUGCCAUUGAUACAAUAAAACAAAACUGAUAGAUAGAUAUUUUCGAUACAAAAAACAAAAUAUACUCUUACUAUCCUUUUAUUCCGGAAAAUUCCUUGCUGUUUUCUGCCGUGAAAGACUCAAAUUUAAAAUUAUACGUAAAUAAAGUUGCAUAAUAUACUAGAAAUAAUCGACAUCGUUGUGUGCUGUGUAUAAAAAAUAAAUAAAAUAAAAAAGUAUUUAAACAAGAAAUUAAUAAGUAACGACUUCAUCAAUAUUUCAUUUAUGUUGUUAUAUUUAAUGCGCACACUAGUAAUCGGACGUAGCACGCAAUGUAUACUCACGUAAUGCCUAUUUUUAUUUACGAUUAAAGACAAUAAAGAUUAUAAAUGUUAAUGUUUAGC